AUGGUUGCGUCUGCCCAUUUCUCGGGACACUCUAUUAUCCCUCUCGUGCUAGAAAAGGCUGCGGCAGAUUGGCCCCAGGGUCGACUGGAUGCCGUCCGGCUACUUGCUGACUGUUUGAAGAACGGUGGUACUGGUUUCCACCCAAGGGGAACCGACUGGCCAUUUCUCGACUUUUGCUGUCUAGCUUCUGAUGAGGACAACGAAAGUGAUACUAACGUCUGUACUGCUGGUGCUGGCGGCGGGCCAUUACAACUAUGCCAUAUUUCAGCCUUUAUGCCCGCGAUUGCUACAAUGUUGGUACAUGCAGCUGUGAGUAUUCUAUAA